UGAAAACCUGACAGAUGGAAAAGGUGAUUAAGAGAAACAAAUAUUGAAGAAAAAAAAAUAUGAUUCCAAUCUGUGAGAUGGACAUCAUGGUCAGACAUAGCUGUUGAGCCCUUUAUGAGUGAGUUUUGGUUGAAGAAGACAUGGCACUAUAAAGAAAUAGAAGAAACUGAAGAAACAGACAUCUUUUGCAGAUUCAUAAAAUCAACACUUCAUUUUCUGCAGGGCGUGUUUGGGAAGUGAAGAUAACGUUUUCUCCACGUAAUUCUUUUUUGACGUAUAUGAGAGGGACCAUCAUCACUCUGCAUUGCAUUACCCACUGCUCUGCUUCUGCUUCUGCUUCUGCGGCACAUGAUUCUCUUUUGAAGCAAUGGUGAUUCCAAUAGCAGUGGCACUGGUGGUGAUUCUCAUUGGGUUGGUUUAUCAGGCCAUAAAACCCCCAGUUCCUAAAAUCUGUGGAUCCAUUGGUGGUCCUCAAGUUACUUCACCCAGAGUGAAGCUCAGUGAUGGGAGGAAUUUGGCCUACCGAGAAUUUGGUGUUCCUAAGGAAGAAGCUAGGUACAAGAUCAUUGUCAUUCAUGGAUAUAACAGUUUCAAAGACACAACUUUACCAGUUUCUCAAGAACUUAUUGAGGAGCUUGGGAUAUAUUUCCUCCACUUCGACAGGGCUGGUUAUGGUGAAAGUGACCCACAUUCAUCACGUUCUGUGAAGAGUGAAGCUUAUGAUAUUCAAGAACUGGCUGAUAAACUGGAGAUUGGUGAUAAGUUUUAUAUAAUAGGAAUGUCAAUGGGAGGUUACCCUGUUUGGAGCUGCCUAAAAUACAUUCCACACAGAUUAUUAGGAGCAGCUUUGGUGGCUCCAUUUAUAAGCUAUUGGUGGCCUUCUUUUCCUGAUCAUCUUUUGAGAGAGGCAUUUCAGAUGCUACCUCGGUCAGACCAAUGGACUUUUCGAGUCGCACAUUACGCCCCUUGGUUGUUCCAUUGGUGGAUGACACAAAAAUGUUUUCCUUCAUUGACCUUAACAAACAUGUUGUCUCCUGAUGAUAUAGAAAUAGUGAGGACCUUGUCAGAACUCCCAAACACUGGUCAGGAGAAGAUAACUCAGCAAGGUGAAUAUGAAUCAUUACACCGAGACAUAAUGAGUGCUUUUGGAAAGUGGGAAUUUGGCCCCACAGAGAUAGAAAAUCCUUUCUUUGAUGAUAAUGGUUCAGUCCACAUAUGGCAAGGCUUUGAAGAUAGGAUCAUUCCCUACACACUGAACCGUUACAUCUCUCAAAAAUUACCAUGGAUUCUUUAUCACGAGCUUCCUCAUGCGGGACAUUUGUUUCUCUUCAAGAAAAAUGAAUGUGAGUCUAUUAUAAGAGCACUUGUACUCUCACCAGAUAUUUCUGAAUAAGAUGCAAGCUGUGGAGUAAACCCCGAAUCUAUUAUGUAGACCACAGUCUAGUCCAUACAAGUAAAUUUUAUGAGCAGACGAAGGAAUAUUUGAGUUUGUUA